CCUAACUUUCUUCCUCGUCAUCACCGAAGCCAGGCUAGCCAGCUCUCCCAUUAUACAUCGUUGAAGCGACUCUACAGAUUCAACCAAAAUAGUCGCCGAUUUAGUUUGGCGCCCAAAUACCAUCGCGCACACAAGCCAAAUAUCCUCUCGACAAACAACUAUUCACCUUCUCGCUGCAUGAUUUUGAAGUUUAGCGCUUGAGAUUAGGGUUGGAGUCAGCCAUACAGAAUGAAAUAAGUUUGUUGAGAUUAAGUUUAUUCAACCUGGUGUUUGGAUCAUUCGGCAGCAUGGGAUUAAGCCGAACUCAACUUUGUUCGUUGAAUGACUGGAGUAUUUGAAGCAUUUAAAGCAUCUUCAGUGGUAAAACCCCCAACGUUAGAAGCAUCUACUCAGCCUGGUUAGAAGCAUUUGGAGGUGAUACAGAAUGAAGUAUCAGAUGCAGUUGGCCAGGAACAAGCUAAUAAGAUGCCCCUCCUUGUUUAUGUUUCCCAUGAAAAAAGACAAAACUAUCAUCACAAUUUUAAAGCUGGUGCCCUAAACGUCUUUCUUCGUGUGUCGGGCAUAAUAAGCAAUGCCCCUUACGUAUUGGUGUUAGAUUGUGACAUGUACUGUAACGAUCCCAUCUCUGCUCAACAAGCAAUGUGCUUCUACCUUGAGCCCAGAAGCUCCAAAUGUGUUGCUUUUGUUCAGUUCCCACAGAUCUUCCAUAAUAUCAGUAACAAUGACAUCUAUGACGCACAACUGCGUUCAAUUUUUACAACAAUGUGGAGAGGUGCAGAUGGGCUUCAGGGACCAAUACUGUCCGGCACAGGGUUUUACAUUAGGAGAGAAGCUUUAUAUGGAACUUCCCUGCAGAAAACUGAUAAUGAUCUCUUUCAACUUCGAAAAUGUUUCGGUCCUUCGAACCUAGGCUUUUUGUACCAUUCUCUGGCGGAGGAUUUUAUUACUGGGUUCAUGCUUCACUGCAAAGGAUGGAACUUGGUCUACAAUUAUCCUUCAUUGCCAUCAUUUUUAGGUUCUGCAACUGUCAGUUUAAAUGAUAGCAUGGUUCAAAACAUUAGAUGGGGUUGUGGAUUGCUUAAAGUGGGCCUCUCAAGCUUCUGCCCUUUGAUAUAUGGAUCAUCAAGAAUGUCAAUUCUUCAGAGCAUGUGUAAUGCAUUCCUCGCAUUCCGGUCCUUCUAUUCUUUCCCAAUACUAUGUUAUGCUACCAUCCCUCAGCUGUGUCUCUUCAAUGGCAUCUCCUUGUACCCAAAGGUUUCAAGUCCACGGUUUGCCAUCUUCGCAACUGUUUAUGUUUCUAUCCUUUCUCAGCACUUAUCAGAGGUCCUAUUCGAGGCCGGAUCCUUAAGAAUGUGGUGGAAUGAGCUCAGGAUUUGGAUGAUAAAGUCAGUUACAGCCUAUUUCUUUGCUUGUCUGGAUGUUCUCAUGAAAUUGAUUGGUUUAAAGAAGGCAAAUUUCAUAGUGACAAGUAAGGUUGUUGAUGAAGCACAGGUUGAAAGAUACAAAAUGGGUGUCUUCAGUUUUGAGGGGGACCCAUUUUUUCUUGUCAUAUUGGUUACUCAAGUCACCCUGAACAUGGUCUCCUUCACCGCUGGUCUGGGCAUGUUUUCCUCUCAUUUUUCAUUCCAAGUAUCAGCUAUCCAAUAAUUGAAGGAAUGAUACUGAGAAGGGACAAUGGACGUGUUCCGGUUUCGGUCACACUCAUAUCUGUGGCAAUUUCCAUGGUUAUAUUGAGUUUAGGGUGUAUUCUUCUCAUGUAUUGAAUAAGUUUAUGGUGCAUGUGGUAUGAAUAAGU